CCAUCGGAGACGUACCUGUUGUUACCAGGGGAACUGAGAGAUGGACGGGACUUAAGAGUUCACCCGUUACUGUUUAACAUCGGCAUCAACCAGCAACAGAGUCUAGCCGAGAGGUUCGGAGACAGUUCUCUCCAAGAAAGGAUCAACCUCAGAAGCUGUGAGAUGUUGAAGUCCUACUACAAGACCCUGAGAGACAAACUACCCAACUUGACCCUGCCCUGUUCCCGGUCCCCGUUAGCUGUGGAGGACUUGUUGUGUUCUCUGGAGCAGUCUCUGGAGAUGAAGAAGAGGAAGAACGUUGAGGUCCUGUGGCUCGCUGCCUCCGUGUGUAGGAGGUUGAAUGGUGUCAGGUUAACCAGCUGUAAAAGUGCCAAAGACAGGACCUCCAUGUCUGUGACUUUAGAACAGUGUAUGUUGCUAAGAGACGAACACACACUCAGCAAGGAGCACUUUAACAGAGCACUGGACUGCAUGAGGAGCUCUCGUCUCCAGCAGGGCCAGAUAGUGGGUUGUUGGGACCCAGAGAGAGGAGCUGGGUCGUGGUCUGGGUUUAAGGGGGAACAGAAGACUCCGGCAGCACCUGGCAGACACUUCUAUCCGGUAGCUCUCCUCCUGGUCACCUCACAUCUGCUAGUGGUCUGGCUCAUACUGAGUAUGGUAGUUGUAACUGGGAAAUAGAAAUAUGGUAGUUCUUUCUAAAAAGUCAGUUAAGAACAAAUUCUUAUUUACAAUGACGGCCUACCGGGGAACAGUGGGGUUAACUGCCUUGUUCAGGGGCAGA